GUAGAAAUCAGCCUCCAUUUUGAUCUCACUUUCUUUACUCUUAUAUUUUUUUAAUGUUCUCUUCUGGGGGAAAGAAUAUAAUCAUUACCUGUUUAUAUCAGAUGAUAUAUUCUCACCUACUGUAUAUUGGAAUGAACAUGCACUAAUGUACUACUUUGAACUUUCUUCAUAGGGCCAAAAUGGUGGUUUUUUCAAAAGAAUAUGGCUAUGUGAUUCUCACUGGUACUGCCAGUUUUGUCUUGAUAACACACCUUGCAGUAAAUGUGUCGAAAGCACGCAAGAAAUAUCAUGUGGAGUAUCCAACCAUGUACAGUACAGACCCUGAAAAUGGACAUAUCUUUAACUGUAUCCAGAGGGCACACCAGAACACCUUGGAAACAUAUCCUUCCUUCCUGUUCUUUCUUGGAAUCAGUGGGAUCUAUUACCCGCGUGUUGCUACAGGACUUGGUAUAGCAUGGAUAAUUGGAAGAAUACUCUAUGCUUAUGGCUAUUACACAGGAGAUCCUAGUAAGCGAAAUCUUGGAGUCCUCGGUUCCAUUUCACAUCUGUGUUUGGCAGGGACCACUGUUGCCUCAGCUUUUCAGCACCUUGGUUGGAUCUGCAGAGCCUAGGCAGCAUCCAUUCUGGUGACUUCCUGAGAUGUCUUUAAACAUUUAUCUCAUGUAAUUUUUAUCAUUGCUUUGUAAAAAAAAUAAAAAAAAUAAAAACAAAAAUGAAUCACA